AUGCGGCUCUUUUCAGGCUGCACACGGCGUACAGGGCGGCCCCAGAGCUGGUGCAUGCACAGGUCGAGUAUACAUGGGCUGAAACCGCCGUCUGCGCGAUUGGAAGCAUCAGCACGAUUCCGCCCAUACUCCACAGCACCAGACAUCCUCUCCCAUCCGCAUGGAGUCGUGCCGAGUCGACUAUGCUCUAAAGAGCACCGGCUAGGAUGGCAAACCAUCCAAGCACAAGUUGAGCCCUACUUCGGGCAGCAUUGGAAGUUCUCCAGCCAGAAGGAGAAGACAGGAUUCUUCGCGGUGGGGUUUUCGCGCGCGUUUAGUCGGUUUUUCCCUCUCACAUUUGACGAGCGGGUUGAGGGAGCGUGUAAAAUGCAUUACCUGGCUUUGUUGAUUGACGACCAGUUAGAGAAGAUGAGUAUGGCGGAUAUGCUGUCGUACCGUGAACGAGUCAUCCGCAUUGCGCAUGGGAAGGAAUCUCCAAACCGGGAUGUAUGUGUGGAAUGGAUGCUGUCGGAGACCCUCCAGCUCAUGCGAGGCAUGGACGAGGUCCUUACGAAUGACCUCGUCGAGGGUUUCUGCACGUUGCUGCAGGCGCAGACGGCGCCGGGACGUUCGUCAGUGCAGCACUUGGGGCCGUAUCUUGAAGCUCGGGAGGUGGACGUGGGGCGGCCAUUCUAUACUGCGCUCAUCCGAUAUGGCGCAAAAUUGCAUCUCGACCCGACGGAACUGGCCCAUACAGCGCCGCUGGAAAGCUGUGCAUUCCGGUUCAUGGGCGUGAUCAAUGAUAUAUACAGCUGGGACCGCGAAUGGAAGGUCUAUCAGGAAAGCCCAACGGAUGGGGCGCGGCCUUUCUCGGCCGUUUAUAUACUAGCCCGGGAGACGAGCCUGCCAUACGCGGCUUGCAAGAGGUUACUGUACUCGUAUUGUCGGGAACUGGAGCUCGUCCUUGAACAGUCUCGCGAGGAGAUCCAGCAGCAAAACGGAGGCACCUUAAGACCGGAGAUGGCCAACUAUAUCAAAGGGCUAGAGUAUUUUAUGAGCGGUCUUGAACACUGGAGUCAAUGGACACCGCGCUACAAAUAA